AUGGAGUCCACUGCUAUUGUCCAAAGAGACAACAAGUUAAUUGAGGAGAAAAUCACUCUACCUGCCCUUAAAGAACACCAAGUAUACGUCAAAGUCGAAUAUGCGGCAUUUAAUCCCACAGAUCGCCUCGCGCUUGACGUUGAUGCUUUUGGCGACGGAGCAGUCCUUGGAUGCGACUUUUCAGGGACAGUUAUUGACACGCACCCGAGUGUGACCAAAUUGAAGAAUGGUGAUAGUAUCGCGGGUUUUGUUUGGGGAGGAGAGAUUAAGGGCCUGGGGGCCUACUCGACCUAUACGAUUGCAGACGAACGCCUUUGCUUUAAGAUACCGUCAAACAUUAGCCCAGCCCAGGCUUCUUCAGUGCCCUUGGCGGCCAAUACAGCUUGGCUUGCUUUGUUUUCUAAAGACUGUCUAGAUUUCAAGCCGGAAAAUUCUGUUGAAAAAAGAACUCUCCUUAUUUGGGGAGGUAACUCAACUGUUGGAUAUUUUGCCAUCCAGCUCGCCAAACUUUACAACAUUGAAGUAGCCACGACCUGCAGCCCUCGAAACUUUAACAAGAUGCGAGACGCUGGUGCAACCUAUGUGUAUGACUACAAUGAUAAAGAUGUCAUUUCCAAACUUGGUUCAGCACUGCCUAACGUUCAGCACGCUUUUGAUACGAUCGGGAACGAAACUUCCUCAGCAACCGUUGCCAAGGCUAUGGCCAGUACAGGAGGUACGCUAUGCACUGUUAGACCAGUCAAAGCGAAUACACAGGAUGUGCCAUCACAUAUCAAAGUCACGGAUGUCUUUGUAUUUACGGCUUUUCCUACGGAGCACAGUUAUCGAGGAAAGGCGUAUUGGCCUGUGAAGAUGGACGAUCAUGAGCUCAGUGCUGAAUUUCAUAGCGCCAUGGAGAUGUGGCUUCAUGAUGGAUCUGUACGGCCAGCAUCGAUACGGUCUAUGGGAGGGCUAAGCCCGUCUACGAUUCAGGAAACAAUGAAUCUUAAUCGUGAGGGUGAUAUUUCUGGUGAAAAGGUUGUCUUCAAGGGCUUUCCUUGA